GGAGCCGGCGCGGGCUGGCUGCUGAGGUGGCUAUCGCCGGCUCCGAGCGGCGGCUUCCCGGGUCGACCGCCCGAUGGAGGCCGAGGCCACCGACGCCCCUCCCGGCGGGGCCGAGGCGGCGCUCAGCUGCUUCUCUUUCAACCAGGACUGCACGUCCCUCGCGAUUGGAACCAAAGCCGGCUAUAAGCUGUUUUCUCUGAGUUCCGUAGAGCAACUAGACCAAGUCCACGGCAGCAAUGAAAUCCCGGACGUUUACAUCGUGGAGCGCCUCUUCUCCAGCAGCCUGGUGGUGGUGGUCAGCCAUGCCAAGCCGCGCCAGAUGAACGUGUACCACUUCAAGAAAGGCACAGAGAUCUGUAACUACAGCUAUUCCAGCAACAUCCUGUCCAUACGGCUGAACCGGCAAAGGCUGCUCGUCUGCCUGGAAGAGUCCAUUUAUAUCCACAACAUUAAAGAUAUGAAGCUGUUGAAGACACUCCUUGAUAUUCCUGCAAACCCAACAGGUCUGUGUGCCCUGUCCAUCAACCAUUCCAAUUCUUACUUGGCUUAUCCUGGGAGCCUGACCACGGGCGAGAUUGUGCUUUAUGAUGGAAACUCUUUGAAAGAUGUCUGCACCAUCGCCGCCCAUGAGGGGAUGCUGGCCGCCAUCACCUUCAACUCCUCAGGCUCCAAACUUGCAAGUGCGUCAGAAAAAGGCACAGUCAUCCGCGUGUUCUCGGUACCCGACGGGCAAAAGCUCUAUGAGUUUCGGAGAGGAAUGAAAAGGUAUGUGACCAUCAGCUCCCUAGUGUUCAGCAUGGACUCGCAGUUCCUCUGUGCCUCCAGCAACACCGAGACUGUACACAUCUUCAAGCUGGAACACCUCAGCGACAGCCGGCCAGAAGAGCCUUCCACCUGGAGCGGCUACAUGGGGAAGAUGUUCAUGGCUGCCACCAACUACCUCCCCGCCCAGGUGUCAGACAUGAUGAACCAGGACAGAGCUUUUGCCACCGGUCGCUUGAACUUCUCUGGACAGAGGAACAUCUGCACCCUCUCCACGAUCCAGAAACUACCCAGGCUGCUAGUGGCUUCCUCCGAUGGACACCUUUACAUCUACAACCUGGACCCUCAGGACGGAGGAGAAUGCGUCCUAAUCAAGACCCACAGCUUGCUGGGCUCAGGAACAGAAGAGAACAAAGAAAAUGACCUCAGGCCCUCCUUACCUCAGUCUUAUGCAGCCACAGUAGCCAGACCAAGCCCGUCCUCAGCCUCCACAGUGCCCGGUUACUCGGAGGAUGGUGGUGCACUCCGGGGAGAGGUUAUUCCAGAGCACGAGUUUGCGACGGGACCUGUGUGUCUGGAGGAUGAAAAUGAAUUUCCCCCUAUAAUCUUGUGCCGUGGAAGUCAGAAGGGCAAAUCGAAGCAGUCGUGAGGAGCACCCCGAGGAGGCAGGACACCCCCCUGUGAGGUGGAAGAAUGGCGUGUGAGUGUGUGAGCACCCAGGGGGGCAGGAUCCCAGGUGCUGUGCCCGGCAGCCACAGGAAGCGGCUGACCCCUCCCCGAGUUCCUGCCAGCCCCAUGUGGGCAGGGUGACAGUGUAUACCCGUGAUGCUAUUUAAAACUCUGUUCAAACCACAGUGUAAAUGCUAACUAACCAUAUUGGUAUAUAACCUGCAUUUUAUAUGAAAAAGGGUAUCCUUUUUUAAUAUAAGUUGUGUAAAAAAUGUACUUAUAAGGAAAAAAAAAUCACUUUAGAUAGUAUUUCUUGUAUAUUACAUACAUACAUGUGGAGAGACUAUUUUACCCAAAGUAUUUUUGCAGUGACUGCAGUUGUUAUUACCUUAGAGUUCCAUUCAGGACACUAAUAAUAAAAUCAUAGCAAUGCA